AAGGUGCAAAGUUUGGUCCAGGCUAGAGAAAUGACUGAUCAAAGCCAGGCGAUACUUCCUGUUGCCCCACGCUAUAUAUAACGUGAUGAGGGCACGGGCUGCAGACUCGCACGGGAACGCUCGCCCCACCGCCGCCGCCGCCGCCGCCGAGCGCCUGAGGUUUCCCGGGGACCACAAUGAACAAGCUGCUGUGCUGCGCGCUCGUGUUCCUGGACAUCUCCAUUAAAUGGACUACCCAGGAAACCUUUCCUCCAAAGUACCUUCAUUAUGACCCAGAAACUUCACGUCAGCUGAUGUGUGACAAAUGUCCUCCUGGCACCUACCUGAAGCAGCACUGUACAACAAGGUGGAAGACUGUGUGUGUCCCCUGCCCUGACCAUUACUACACCGACAGCUGGCACACCAGUGAUGAGUGUCUAUACUGCACCCCAGUGUGUAAGGAGCUGCAGUAUGUCAAGCAGGAGUGUAAUCGCACCCACAACCGAGUGUGCGAAUGCCAGGAAGGGCGCUACCUCGAGGUAGAAUUCUGCAUGAAGCACAGAAGCUGCCCCCCCGGAUUUGGAGUGGUACAAGCUGGAACCCCGGAGCGAAAUACAGUUUGCAGACGAUGUCCAGAUGGGUUCUUCUCAAAUGAGACAUCAUCUAAAGCACCCUGUAGAAAACAUACAAAUUGCAGUGUAUUUGGUCUCCCACUCAUUCGGAAAGGCAAUGCAACGCAUGACAAUGUAUGUUCUGGAAACAGUGAAUCAACUCAGAAAUGUGGAAUAGAUGUCACCCUGUGUGAGGAGGCAUUCUUCAGAUUUGCUGUUCCUACAAAGUUUACACCUAAUUGGCUUGGUGUCCUGGUGGACAAUUUGCCUGGCACCAAAGUCAAUGCAGAAAGUGUGGAGAGGAUAAAGCGACGACACAGCUCACAAGAGCAAACUUUCCAGCUGCUGAAGUUAUGGAAACAUCAAAACAAAGACCAUGAUAUGGUCAAGAAGAUCAUCCAAGAUAUUGACCUCUGUGAAAACAGCGUGCAGCGGCACAUCGGGCAUACAAACCUCAGCUUUGAGCAGCUACUCAGCUUGAUGGAAAGCUUACCAGGAAAGAAAGUGGGAACAGAAGAUAUUGAAAAGACAAUGAAGGCAUGCAAAUCAAAUGAGCAGAUCCCGAAGCUGCUCAGCCUGUGGAGAAUAAAAAAUGGUGACCAAGACACCUUGAAGGGCUUAAUGCAUUCGCUAAAGCACUUGAAAACCUAUCACUUCCCCAAAACUGUCACUCAGAGUCUGAAGAAGACCAUCAGGUUCCUUCACAGCUUCACAAUGUACAGAUUAUAUCAGAAACUAUUUUUAGAAAUGAUAGGAAACCAAGUGCAAUCAGUAAAAAUAAGCUGCUUAUAACUGGAAAGGGUCAUUGAGCUAUUUCCUCACAAUGGACCAGAUCCGAUGGAGGAGUAAACUGUUUCUCAGGCACUUGAGGGGGGGUAGUAAAUUCUCUCUCAUCAUCAAUGACUAAUUUUGCCACAGUGCACUAAAAGAAAGUAUGAUGUGGAGAAAGAACAUCUCCCCAAAAGUUUGAUAAAUUCCAAAUAGUUUAUCCAACUGUCAUAUCUGGUCUAGUAUCUACUGAUUAUAUUUUCCCUGUUACUGCUUGCAGUAAUUCAACUGGAAAUAACAACAACAAUAAUAAUACAAACUAGACAUCAUUGUGCCUUACUAAAUAUGGGAAUGUCUAACUUAAAUAGCUUUGAUAUGUCAGCUGUGCUAGAGGCUUUUAUUAGAAAGCCAUGUAUUUUUUCUGUAAAAGUUACUAAUAUAUCUGUAACACUAUUACAGUAUUGCUAUUUAUAUUCAUUCAGAUAUAAGAUUUGUACAUAUUAUCAUUCUUAAGGGAAAUGGUGUAAGACUUAAUUUUAGAAAGACGAAAAAUAUGUUCUGUUUAUUAUUAUGACAAAUGAAAGAGAUAAAAUAUAUUUUUUAAUGGAAAGUUUGUAGGAUUUUUCUUAUAGGUACUGCCAUUAUUCCUGUGUGGCGUGUUUUUAUAAUAUAAUUUUAUCUGUAUAAGCUGUAAUAACAUUUUAUAUAAAAUGCAUUAUUUAGUCAAUUGUUUUAAUGUUGGAAAUGUAUGAAGUAUAAAUUAUCUGAAUACUAGAUGCUCUGAGAAAUUGAAUGUACCUUAUUUAAAAGAUUUUAUUGUUUUACUAUAUUAACAUCAUUAAAGUUUUCAAAUUAUUUUUCA